AUCGCGCAAGGACUGUGGGCUACAGGCAUCAACAGCCCCGCCAGAGCUACAGCUUGUUCGGCAAGCUGUGGCGACGAGCUGCCUUUAAAUGUGGAGUGGGUUGACUUUAACACGUCGCGGAGAAAAAGAUGCGACCGAGCUGCGGUUGUGAGGAUUAUUAGAGAGACACUAAAGCAAUACAAUAGUUUGGGUUGAUCGCGUGUGGGGGAGCUCUGUCGUGACACGGGCUCAUGCUAAUCUCAAAUCAAAAACCUUUCGGCUUUGCGUGUGUUGCCCUACAUGUUUCCGGAUGUUGUAUCCAUCCCAUCCAGGCAACAGUCAUGGGCCCAGGCGCUGCGUCUGACUCUAAAGCAGGAUCCUCAGAGGAAAGUGCCGGAGAAGACGACGCAAGGGAGAUCUCGGAAUCGAGUUCCAAUGGCGAGAAACAGCCCGAGAGUGGCGCGUCGGACAAGAGGUACCCGUGCUCCGUUUGCGGCAAGGCCUUCGACAGGCCGUCGAAGCUGGAGAGGCAUAGACCUGUGCACACGAGGAAGCCCAAGACCCUGCACCAGUGUCAGCACUGCGAGAAGACUUUUGCGCAUCAAGAGAAGCUGCUCCGGCACCAGAAUUGCCACAGCCGGACGAACAAGCACCCCUGCUCCGACUGCGGGAAGGUGUUCGACAGGCCGUCCAAGCUCGAGAGGCACAGACGCAUUCACGCCAAGAAGCCCAAGGAGCCCCACCAGUGUUCGUACUGCAUGAAGACGUUCAGUAAGCUGAAUAAGCUCGACCGCCACAGGCGCAUACACACCGGGGAGAGGCCCUACACCUGCUCGGUCUGCGGCAAAGGCUUCUCCGAGUCGGGCCACUGCAAGGCGCACGAGAAGACGCACGAGGAGCAGCCGGAGAAGCCUCACUGCUGCGCCAACUGCGGCAUGCGCUUCUUCAAGGCGUCGGAGCUCCGCCGGCACUCCCGCUCCCACACGGGGGAGAAGCCCUUCCGGUGCACCCUGUGCGAGAGCUGCUUCUCCCGCUCCGAAGGACUCAAAAGGCACAUGAGGAGCCACACGGGGGAGAGACCCUACAAGUGCAUCAUCUGCGCCAAGGGGUUUUAUUCCCGCCAGGAUAUGAACAUUCACGGGUUGACCCACUCGGGAGAGAAACCGCACAUCUGCCCCGUGUGCGGCAAGGGCUUCUCCCAGCUGGGCAACAUGAAGGAUCACGAGCAAAAUGUCCACAUUAAGUCAGAGAAGUACAUCUGCAACGAGUGCGGGGCGACCUUCACGCGGUACAAGUCGCUGACGAAGCACCAGAGAACGCACACGGGCGAGAGGCCCUAUCUGUGCCUCGCCUGCGGUCGCAGGUUCUCCUGGAGCCACUCGCUCAGCAGACACCGGAGGACACACGCACACAGACAGAUGUCUGCGGGCACGUCGAAAGACAGACUGAGUUUUGAAGGACCCUCGGAGAAUGCCAAAAGCUGAGAGACAGAAGUGAGGGACGUUUCAUUGUUAGAGCGAGCUUUCCGGAGCCUCAGUCAAGAUCAAACGUCGUCAUGUGUAUUUUUUUGUUGCGUUGAGAACUCAUUCACCUUGCUGACUGCCUUAUUUUGCCACACAAUAUUCGUACAGUAUUCUUAAUACAGGUCUCCAGAUUAGCUUCUUUUUUUAAAUUUAACAUUUCUAUUGAUCCAAGUUGUGUUCUGUUAUUUGGGUGAAGGCAGAUCAUGUGGCUACUUAGUCCACUGCUGUAUGUGGUAAAGCCCUGUUUAUAUCUUGCUUCAUGACAGAUUGGGACUUGCCUUUAGCUCGUGUGAAAAAAUGUCCCAGAGUGAAUUCCUGUUUGUUGCCAACGAAAAUAUGUGUCACAACCAAAGUAGAGAACAAGACCUGAACUUCAUAUUUGACGUUCAACCGAUCCGAUGCCAGAACCCAUAUCGGCGAUGUCUCUGCGACUGUAUGAUCGAUGGAGACGUCCGUGUGAAGUCUUGACUGAAUCUGAGUAAACGUCUGCCUCCCCAACAGUGUUCAAAGCUCCAUCUGAGGUUAUUUGCUCCUUCUCGCAAACGGUUCCACAGAAGGCACACACACAUUCAGUAGCUCACGAUGGGUUUGUUCAGUCCAUAUCAGUAGCUCAGCAAUUUUCUAAAAUGUUCCUUUUAUUUAUUUAUUUUUUCGAAAAUGUACAAUGAGACUAAAAUGCCAAAAAUAAAUCUGUUUUUGUAUGUGAAAAUCUUUUUAAAACUUUUUAAAAUGUAAACUGUCACAACAUAACAGCAACAGUUUCCCUCUGGACUGGUGUAAAAUGAAAAUGAAUUAUUUUUUUUUUCUCAGUUCGACUUUAUAUAAUAUGUGCCACACAUGUUAUAUAAUAUGUGCUCAAAUGUACUUUCAGUUGUGCUCUGACUAAGAUGUGAAUUCACCUUUGAGCUUCACUAGUCUCUGGAAAGCUAUUUUAUUGAAAGUAUAGUCACCAAAUAAAUUGUCUUCAUAACAGC